UCGCUCCGCGCGCGGGCGCUCUCCAGUAGCGACUUAUCUCGACGCUCUUAUCACCUUGUUUAUCUUUUUAUCACGUGUGUAAUAAUCAUUGCUUGUCCCAUUUACUCGUCGGUGAUUGUUGUUCCUGGGUGAACCUUUUACAGGAGUUCGAUUUACCUUGAGAUUCAGAUGCGUGUCUGUUGGACUGAUCUCUGGAGUCUACCAUCUACGUGACGAAAUGUCUUCGAUUUUUCAUCUCCCUCGAAGAAAGAACAUUCUCCUCUCGGUAGAGGCGUCAGAACGUUAUCAACACGAGCUUAACGUGUGAUUCUAAACUCAUCUUAUUGUUAGUGACAAUUCUCGGCGAUAUACUAUCUUGAGGAUUAUUUUUAUCUCGUCGAUCAUUGUUGUCUCUAGCGUUAUGCAAAACGCUUAAAGAAAAUUUAAUACACCAGCCACUUUUCAAAUUAUGCAAAUCUCUGGGUAUUUUACCUGCGCAAUCAUACAAGUUGUUUCGUAAGAAUCGCGCGACGGUUUUGUGCAUUUUUCAUGGGAUACAUAACUGUGCGUGGUGAAAAUUUUCAAAGAGCAACCGUGCGAAUUUUAUCAUAGUCUAAUCGAUUAAUUCCCUCAUAGUGCGACAUUAGUGCGACUGCUUAGUUCGGCGUGUAAUGGAAGCUUGAAAACGGUCAUUUUCUGCACCGUGAAGUAGUGUCGUUAUCAUCGUCACCUUUCACCUUUGUUAUCAGCCCAAGUUGAGGCGGGGCGGGGGGUAACCUCACAAUGUUUCGGUCGUAGUCAGCAAGCACCGAUGGCAAGUAGUGCGGGAGCCUGCAGUUUCUACAGCUCGAAGAAAACGACCCGAAAACGGAAAUACUUUUGGACGAAAAAGCGGAAGAUAUUGUGUCCUCGACGCCAGGUCUCCCAUGUGUCGUAAGCAGCAGCUCCGCGAGGAACCUGUCUCCGAUCCGGUUCGGGGCUGGGGGGGCUCACUGACAACUUUACUAAUACAUUCAACAGUCCAUAUUAAUUUUAAUUAAUUAGUGCUUAACAUGUUUUGAGACUGCUCCGGUUUUGUUUUCGAAGUACCGUUUUAGGUGCGCGCGAAAGUGCGGUGAUAUUCGUGAUCUCUUCGAUAAUUUUUUUUUUUUUAAAAAAAUCGUCUUUUGAUAGCCUACCAGUAAAUACGUCGCUCACUCACCGAAUAGUAUACAAUUCUGUUUUAAAAAUUAUAAUUUGUUGUGGUUAUGCCCGGAAAAUUGAUGUGUGCUGGGUAGUGGCGCCCUCUUGCGGUCGUGUCCGUGGAUUUGGAUGUGUUCCUUCGACCCGCGCUCUCGAGUCAACGUUGGUGACGACGCGGAAGCGCUCAACGGAGCCGUCAGCAAGUCACGCAACAAGUUGGUAGAAUGCGCCGCAAAGGUGAAGCGCGCGCUCACCGGUGAGUCACCGAGGGCGAUCAGCGCUAAAGCGAAAAACUCGCCGCCCCCGGAGGAGAUCCUCGCCCGGGGCCCAGCGACAACGGAAACCGGUGGAUCGUCAACGGAACUGUCAACAAAGAACACCUUGCGCCGCGGAAACUCGAGCGGGGAGCCGGAAUCGUUAUUGUAUUUGUUCAAACAAAAUUCCGACCGACUAUCCGAGUGUCGCAACCGGGCGACGCAUGUGUCCGCGGAGUGGUUCGCCGCGCGAGACAGUUCGCAGUCGGAAAACGAGUGCGACUCGUCGGAAAAACGCUCUUCCAACGAAAGUUCAACGGGGAAUCUCGACGGAUGCACCUCGCAGCAUUCCACCCGCGUUCACCCACACACGCAUCCCACCGGUGUUAAGUGCGACUACGACGGAUUUCAAAGUGACACCAGUACUUAUAUUUAUGAUAGUGCGGAUUCUCGAAAUAUUGUUGAGUUGGGAAACUGUGUUAAAGAUAAUACCGUUAAUAACUUACAUUCCCCACCUCUUGAUUCUAGAAAAGAGUGCGUCGGUAAUAGCGCGGAACCGCGGGAUCUCAAGGAAUCGGACCGCGCUUUCUUCGGAAGAUUCUCCGACUUGUACUCCGUCGGUCUGUCCAAGAGUCGCCUUUGCAAGGGUGAUCCAGGAAGUCAAGGCCGCGGCGCUCACGAGGCGGAUCGCCCGAUAACACGGUUGACGCAUUCGGAGCGACUCAGCGAAAAGACCAGCGCUCGCGACGCGCGCGAAACAAAGGUCGCGGCGAAAACCGCUGAGCCCGGCGCGAAUUUCAAACGGCCGCCGAAACCCAGCGAUAAGGCCAUCAGUCAUCUGCUAGCCUUCCAACCAGGCAGGAACCCUUCGAUCCACGGCGUCGCUCCCAGCCACGCGGGCUACUCGAGGUUCGGGGCUGCGGUUCCAAGUGCGAAACUUUCAAGGUCGCGCGGUGCUCAAGGCCACCCUGUAGGAGGCGCUCGAGGUCACGCGAGAGGGAGCGUUCAAGGUCACGCGAGGGGUAAGAUUCCAACCGCCCUAGGGCCGCGUAAGAUGAAACUGCGGGAGCGGUUGGUGAUCGGGCUGAGUAUCUCCGCGGUGCUCUUCACCUUGGUGCUAGUCAUCGAUCUCCAGCUGGACAUCGGCAUGAGCGGUCACCAUCUCCAGUCCCUGCCGGCCCACGCCCGGCUCAAGUACGGCGACCAGGGCGUGGACUCGGUGAGGAGCAUCUACAACUCCUUCGGGAGGAAGUUCCUCCAGCGGAACUCGGGGGGCGACGCGUCAGUGCAGAAUAAUUCGGGAGGCGGGCAGCUGGAUAAAGUGAGGAGCAGUACAAGGACGUACUUUGUGACGAACAAAGUGCACGAUAGGUUCCGGGACCUGGAGGAGUACAUGUUCAACAACCCCAACGACGGAACCCGCGGGGAUUCGGCCGGCAUCGAGCCGAUCGUCGUCAAAACGACUGAAGAGGAUGACGCCAAGGACGAUCAUGCCACCAUCGGCCAACUACUCAACCAGAAUCUCAGGCCGAACGCGACGGUGCUCGAGCAAUUUCAACUAAGUAUAUCUAGGAUGGAAAUGUACAAAGAGGACGAUCCCUUAGUCGAGAGGCUCCUUGACAAUAUGGCCAAAAACAAAAUCGUCCACGUCAGUCAGAAAGACGGGGGAACUCAAAUUAAGCUUAUCAUAGACUAUGAGAAUUCCGAACAAGCCUUAUUCAAGCCUCAGAGGUAUCCUCGGGACUACCAAACGCUACCCAAUCACUUUUAUUUUACCGAUUUCGAGAGACACCAUUCCGAAAUCGCCUCAUUUCAUUUAGACAGGCUGCUGGGAUUUAGGCGGGCCAUGCCGGUGGUGGGUCGGAGACUGAACAUGUCGACGGAGCUGUGGGAGCUGGCCGAUGGGGAGCUUCUGAAGACGUUCUUCGUUUCGCCCUCGAGCAAUAUCUGCUUCCACGGUCGCUGCUCCUACUACUGCGACACCGGCCACGCCAUCUGCGGGAACCCUGACACCGUCGAGGGCUCCUUCGCCGCCUUCCUCCCCGAUAAGGACGCCGUCCCGAGGAAGAUCUGGAGGCAUCCCUGGAGGCGCUCCUACCACAAGCGCAAGAAGGCUCAGUGGGAAACCGAUUCGGAUUAUUGCAACAUCGUGAAGGAGAUCCCGCCUUACGACGAGGGUCGUCGGUUGCUGGACAUAAUGGACAUGUCCGUUUUGGACUUCCUCAUCGGGAACAUGGACCGGCACCACUACGAGACUUUCAAAGUCUUCGACAACAACACAUUCCCCAUCCACUUGGACCACGGGCGCGGUUUUGGGAGGGCCUUCCACGACGAGAUCUCCAUCCUCGCGCCCAUCAUGCAGUGUUGCCUCAUCCGACAGUCCACCCUUCAGACGCUCCUCAG